GCAGCGGCCGGCACUUCCUGUAUAAAGGCGGGCGGGCCGGGCUGCGACUCCAGCGAGCCGGGGUUGGGCUCUGGGCGGCUGGCGGCGGCGGCGGAGCCGUGGGAGGGCUGUCACAUUCGGGAGCCGGGCUCCUGGCGGGUUUCCCCGGGCCGUGCCUUCCGUUCCCCCUCCCCGGCUCCCGGCGUGACAUCUGCGGCGCGGAGACCUGGAUGUGCGCGCGCGCGCGCGUGCGGGAGCCGAAGAAUGGCAGUGCUCAAACUCUGCGACCAGCCACCGCUGGUCCAGGCCAUCUUCAGUGGUGAUCCAGAAGAGAUUCGCAUGCUCAUCCACAAGACUGAAGAUGUGAACGCACUGGAUUCUGAGAAACGAACCCCGCUCCAUGUGGCUGCAUUCCUGGGAGAUGCAGAGAUCAUUGAACUCCUGAUUUUGUCAGGAGCUCGGGUAAAUGCCAAGGACAGCAUGUGGCUGACCCCACUGCACCGCGCCGUUGCUUCCCGAAGUGAAGAGGCAGUGCAAGUAUUGAUUAAACACUCGGCCGAUGUCAAUGCAAGAGACAAGAAUUGGCAGACCCCCCUCCACGUGGCAGCAGCCAAUAAGGCUGUCAAGUGUGCAGAAGUGAUCAUUCCACUAUUGAGCAGUGUCAACGUCUCUGACCGAGGAGGGCGCACAGCCUUGCACCAUGCAGCUCUGAAUGGACACAUGGAGAUGGUCAAUCUACUCUUGGCCAAAGGGGCAAACAUCAAUGCAUUUGACAAGAAGGACCGGCGUGCUCUGCACUGGGCAGCGUACAUGGGCCACCUGGACGUCGUGGCCCUGCUUAUUAACCACGGCGCGGAAGUUACCUGCAAGGAUAAGAAGGGCUACACCCCGCUGCACGCUGCAGCCUCCAAUGGGCAGAUCAACGUUGUCAAGCAUCUCCUGAAUCUGGGGGUGGAGAUUGAUGAAAUCAAUGUCUAUGGAAACACAGCGCUGCACAUUGCCUGCUACAACGGCCAGGAUGCUGUCGUGAACGAGCUCAUUGACUACGGUGCUAACGUGAACCAGCCCAACAACAGUGGCUUCACCCCUCUGCACUUCGCAGCGGCGUCCACUCAUGGUGCUCUGUGUCUGGAACUGUUAGUAAACAAUGGGGCCGAUGUGAACAUUCAGAGUCAGGAUGGCAAAAGUCCCCUGCACAUGACGGCUGUCCAUGGAAGGUUCACACGGUCACAGACCCUCAUCCAGAAUGGAGGCGAAAUCGACUGUGUGGAUAAGGAUGGCAACACUCCCCUCCACGUGGCUGCAAGAUACGGUCACGAGCUUCUGAUUAACACCUUAAUAACUAGCGGAGCAGACGCAGCCAAGUGUGGAAUCCAUAGCAUGUUCCCCUUACAUUUAGCCGCCCUAAAUGCUCACUCCGACUGCUGCAGGAAGUUAUUAUCAUCCGGACAAAAGUAUAGCAUAGUAUCCUUGUUUAGUAAUGAGCGCGUGCUGUCUGCAGGCUUUGAAAUAGACACCCCAGAUACGUUUGGAAGAACGUGCCUUCACGCCGCUGCUGCAGGAGGCAAUGUAGAAUGUAUAAAACUCUUGCAGAGCAGUGGAGCAGAUUUUCACAAAAAGGACAAAUGUGGGAGGACCCCUUUGCACUACGCAGCUGCAAACUGUCAUUUCCACUGUAUUAAAGCGUUAGUGACCACAGGGGCCAACGUCAACGAAGCAGACGACUGGGGCCGGACCGCGCUGCACUACGCUGCUGCGUCAGACAUGGACAGAAAUAAGAUGAUCUUAGGAAACGCCCAUGACAGUUCUGAAGAACUGGACAGAACCAGGGAAAUGAAGGAAAAAGACGCUGCACUCUGCCUAGAGUUUCUGCUUCAAAAUGAUGCAAACCCCUCCAUCCGGGACAAGGAAGGCUACAAUAGCAUCCAUUAUGCUGCCGCCUACGGCCACAGACAAUGUCUAGAACUGCUUUUGGAAAGAACCAACACUGGUUUUGAAGAAUCAGAUUGCGUUGCUCCCAAGAGUCCACUCCACUUAGCGGCUUACAAUGGGCACCACCAAGCCUUGGAAGUCCUUCUCCAGUCACUAGUGGACCUGGACCUGAGGGACGAGAAAGGCCGGACGGCGUUGUAUCUAGCUGCUUUCAAGGGCCACACAGAAUGUGUGGAAGCUCUUGUGAACCAGGGUGCAUCCAUCUUUGUGAAAGACAAUGUCACCAAGAGAACUCCACUCCAUGCCUCAGUUGUUAACGGUCACACGCUGUGUUUGCGACUACUACUUGAAAUAGCAGACAACCCGGAAGUGGUUGAUGUGAAAGAUGGCAAGGGACAAACCCCACUGAUGCUUGCAGUCACGUAUGGACACAUCGAUGCUGUCUCCCUGUUACUUGAGAAGGAAGCAAAUGUAGACGCCGUUGACAUGGUGGGAUGCACGGCCUUACAUAGAGGGAUCAUGACAGGACACGAGGAGUGUGUACAAAUGCUGCUGGAACAGGAAGCGUCGAUCCUCUGUAAAGACUCCCGAGGGAGGACGCCCCUGCACUAUGCGGCUGCUCGGGGCCACGCCACGUGGCUGAGUGAGCUGCUCCAGAUUGCCCUUUCUGAGGAGGACUGCUGUUUCAAAGACAACCAGGGCUACACGCCGCUGCACUGGGCUUGUUACAAUGGCAAUGAAAACUGCAUAGAGGUACUUCUGGAGCAAAAAUGUUUUCGGAAAUUUAUUGGCAAUUCCUUCACGCCACUGCACUGUGCAAUAAUUAAUGGUCAUGAGAACUGUGCAUCAUUGCUGCUGGGGGCCAUAGAUUCCAGCAUCGUCGGUUGUAGGGAUGACAAAGGCCGGACCACGCUCCAUGCAGCAGCCUUCGGUGACCACACGGAGUGCUUGCAGCUGCUUCUGAGACACAAUGCUCAAGUGAAUGCUACGGAUAAUUCAGGGAAGACGGCACUGAUGAUGGCUGCUGAGAACGGGCAGGCAGGCGCGGUGGAUAUUUUGGUGAACAGUGCCCAGGCUGACCUGACUGUGAAGGAUAAGGACUUGAAUACUCCCUUACAUCUGGCUAUCAGUAAAGGCCAUGAGAAGUGUGCCUUGUUAAUACUUGACAAGAUACAAGAUGAGAGCCUUAUUAACGCGAAAAACAGCGCACUGCAGACACCCCUCCAUAUCGCUGCCCGUAAUGGCUUGAAGGUGGUAGUUGAGGAGUUGCUGGCCAAAGGAGCCUCUGUACUUGCUGUGGAUGAAAAUGGUCAUACCCCGGCCCUGGCUUGUGCUCCUAACAAAGACGUGGCUGACUGCCUGGCCCUCAUUCUGGCUACCAUGAUGCCUUUUUCUCCUUCCAGUACAAUGACGGCUGUCAACUUGGUUUGUUUGAGAAAAGACAGUUUGAGCAGGACGACCCUCUCCAAUCUGGGUAGCAGAGUUAGUCUGUGCAGUAACAACUUGGGCUCUGAGGAUGGGUACAAUGAAAACGAUUCGGACUCGGAAACGUUCUAAGUUUGAACUGUAAAGGCAUUUCCUCCAUUACCUGUGUUGCAGAAAGGGAUGGAAGCUUGAGUUCCAGAAUUAUGCUGUGCUCGAGUAUUUGAGGCCAAGCUUCCAGAAACCAGUAGAAAAGGAAUCCGUCUAACCAAGAGAGGGCAGCUAGGCUGUAGGCUGAAGCACGCGCAGAGAGGCCUGCCUGGGUUUGGUUUUGUUUCAUAUUUCCUUUAGGUAUAAGGUACUCCUAUGAAAGCCUACCUCUCAUUUUAAGUAAGGAAGAUUUCUAAGUGUUUAAUUCUUUGUCUUUGGGGAUAACGCAACAGAGAGACAAAUGUUCCGUCUAAAGAUUUCCUUUUUCACGUACUCACCAGUGAGUUCUAUCAAGUGACAUUCAUGUCCCCUGGGAGGGGAGGGAAGAGCAGACGACAGGAAAUGCCUGCACCCUCUUCUUGCUCUGUUGUUUACUUCCUCACUAGAAGCCAAAGGUCAAAGUUCAUCUUCAGAUGUAAUGCCUAUAAUCAUCCUCUUAAGGGAGUCCACCUGACCCCCGCCUCCUCAUGGGAAGCGUGUAACUACCCCCAACUUCUUCCCAAGACCUUGGUUAAAGUUGCCAGAUGAGUGUGAACCUCGACCGUGCUUUCUUGUUAAACACAAAGUAGCGCCCAGGGCUCUCCUUAAGAAACCUGUGAGUAAUUUUUCAAUGGAGUAAUGGAUCCCAAAUUUAUCCAAUAGCAUUGCAGGUGAAAUUAUAUUGUGCCAAAACUUGAAACAAUAUGCAAGUCAAAUAGGAAAUGGCCGUUUAGUGAGUUUGCUCUGAAAUGAGAAUACUAACGGAAGGCUGACACUGUCCUUCAAGGGGAGAAUAGGAAAAUUACUGCUCAGUCAAGGUCCUGGCAGAGGAGAGACAGCACUGUCACUGUAGACGGGAGCCGAGAGAGCAAACGCAGGAACGGUCAAUGUGGAAGCGCAAGCCAGCUGCCCAUUGGUGGUGGUGAAACCAGCGUUGUGAAUACUGUGUCUGCUCCCUCUGCCAAAGCCUCUAGGUCAAAUGGACCCCGCUCUUCACCCGGAACAGCUGGACAAAAGGAAGAAUGAGACUCUUAA